AUGGAUGAUGAUGAUGAUUGUACGCAAGUAGGUAUAAAAGUUGCUAACCAAAGCUUUGAGGAAUUGGGUAAGGGAAAGAGGGGGGAAGAAAAGGAAGAAGAGGGAAUGAAAAGAAGACAAGAUUUUGUGAAAAUCUGGUUUUGGCGAUUUAAAAUGAGACCAACGAAGGCAUGGCAAUACCGACAUUACGGAUUGUGUCCCCAUUUUGAAGAGAUAGCAACCACGGCGGACCAAAGGCCUGCUUCGAUGGUUUUCUCAGCUUCUGAACUUCCCAAGUUCACUACACAUCCGGCAACAUUCAUCCCAACAGUAUUUGGUGGACAUGUGCUAGUCUACGAAAGUCGUUCACAUCCUGGACAUCGGCGUGAAUUUGCUUUCAAAACUCGAUUCACCAAUCAAUCGGGUGUUAGCUCAUGCUAUUAUCGAUGUAUGUCAUGUCGUAGUAUGAAGAAUAAGGUACCACCGGGACCAGAUGGAAAACCACCGCAAAUUCCGUGUAUUGCUGUGAAAAAUGGUUUUAUCGUGAAUGAUCCCGAUUUUCCGGAAGCAAAUGAUCAUUUCUGUGUUCCACCGACGAUUGAGGAAUCUCGGCAACGUGAAGCGAACGGUUUUGCGAAAGCAAUCGUUAAGGGACGUCCACGACAAAAGGCAACAAGAAAGAAUAAUAAUAAUGGCAAUACCGGUGGUAUUGGUAAUGGUAGCAAUCCUAAAAAAGAUUCAGUAAUGGCACAGUUGCAAGCUUAUCAGGAAAUGAGUAAUGCGCUCCUGAAUGGUUCCGCGGGAAAUAUUUUCGACAUCUCCAAUAUUGCUGGUGGUUUCGAUCUUGGCACCGACUUUUCGGCAUCUUCUGCUUCGCAGUUAUUAAAUUUGGUUACCGGUGGAGUAAAAUGCGAGCUGGACGCGGCGGGUGAUAGCAAUGACUUCCUGAAAAAUAUCAAAAUUGAAGAUGAUGAUAGUGAUGGUACUGCAAAAGCGACUCAUUUGCUUGCAUCGCUAAUUAGCUCGGAGCCAGCUUUGCGGACACAAAUGAUGCUACCAACAACAGCUCAUCGGACAAAUGUGCUACCAUUAUCGGUAGCAACAUCAGCUGUAGCUACCAGUAGUGGUGGUACCGAAGAUGAACAACUGAACGGUAUGAAUGGACCGGAUACUCGUAGCAGUCCAGAAAGUAGUACAGCUAUGAUUAUGAAUUCAUUUCAAGGUUCAGAUUCUCGACCACCUUCUGUGAGUUCUUCAUCUGCCUCCGCAUCUCUUUCUGGUAUCACGGUUCCAACAGUAUUAGCCAACGGUUUAUCGACAAAUAGUCGAAAACGAAAAGGCAAUAAUGGAAAUUCACUGGAGACUCAUUUUGAUGAAAUUUUCGAACGAUAUAUACUCAACAAUUGGGAAAUUGUCGAUAACGGUAAGAAACCUGAAAAUAUUGCCGAACAUGCUUGUGCAUUAAUCCUUUCAUUGGCUCGAAAGAUUCCGCAGGCAGUAACAUCGAUGAAAGAAGGAAAAUGGACAAGGACAGAACCAUACGCCGAAGAGAUUUUUGGAAAAUCAUUAGCGAUUAUUGGUUUAGGACGCAUUGGCUUAGAAAUAGCAAUACGCAUGCAAGUUUUCGGUAUGCGAACAUUUGGAUAUGAUCCAAAUGUUGGUCAGGAGGAAGCGGCUCGGCAUGGUAUUAGAUGGCUUCCCUUAGAUCAACUGUGGCCCCAAGCCGAUUAUAUCGUUAUUCAUGUACCACUGAUACCACGUACCAAAAAUUUAUUAUGCACUUCAACAUUGACUCGCUGUCGAAAAGGUGUGAAAAUAAUUAGUGUGGCCAAAGCUGGGAUCAUCAACGAAAUUGAUAUGUUACAAGCCUUAAACAAGGGACGUGUCGGUGGUGCAGCAUUUGAUGUUUAUGUAGAGGAUGCUCCGCUUGUUCGUGGAUUGAUUGAACAUCCAAAUGUUAUUUGCACACCACAUAUGGGUACUAGUCCUUUGCAAGGACAUCAACGAAUUGCGAAUGAAAUUGCUGAAAAUAUCAUUUCACUAAAUAGUUCAACUGGUCCAUACGGAGCGGCAAGUUUCAAUCUUUUAUCAAUGAACGCAGCAGCUGCUACAGCAGCAUUGGAUGAAGCCAAAAGUCAGUGGAUCCGUGCAGUAGCAACACUAACUCAAACAUUGGCCGUAAUCGGGAAUUCACCAAAAGCCGUUACUAUACGAUUCCCUAACUCUCUUGUUAGCCUUCAAAAAGCUUUACAUGCCGGUGCUGUUGUUGGUUUGAUGUAUGCAUCUGGAGAUAUUGGUUCAAAUCUGGCAGCUGCUGAAAUGAAUGCACGAAAGGAGGGUGUGCAGAUACGUGAAGAACCAUGUGCGGCUAAGGAAUUAAUCGUCGUUGCUGGAACGCGGAGCGUUAGCGGUUAUCCGGCUCCAACGGGCACCAUAAUUUCUGCAUUCAACUCAUGCAAAGUACCAGUACCUCUUCUAGCUAGUGGAACAUUUAUCAUGGAUUUCUCGGAUAGCCACUCGUUCGAUAUUAAUGAUGAAGAUAUAAAGACAAAAAUGAUGGUUGAAUUUGGUUUAUUGGGUGGUGGUCGAGUUGGUGUAUUUAAUGAUUUGAGUAAUGAUGAUGUGUUGGAAUUGUCCAAAAAUUACUGUCUGGUUAAAUUUGACUGA